UAAAAGCUGCUUCCUGUUUGGGCAUGAGUCCGGCGCGUGUCCGGUUUUGAGCUGCCGCGAUCCCGGGACUGAGAUAAGGCAGCUCCAGCCCCUGGAAGGCCAGAGACUUGCCAGUGUCCCACUAGCGGGCUCUUUGCAAGAAUCUCCCCAGGCCCGCCGCAGCCAGGUGGCGGCCGGCAGAGGGCGCUGCUCGGGCAUGGCGGAGGAGCGGCCGGGGGCCUGGUUCGGCUUCGGUUUCUGCGGCUUCGGGCAGGAGCUGGGCUCCGGACGCGGGCGCCAGGUGCACAGCCCCAGUCCGCUGCGGGCGGGCGUCGACAUCUGCCGCGUGAGCGCGAGCUGGAGCUACACAGCUUUCGUGACCCGUGGAGGCCGCGUGGAGCUGUCGGGCUCAGCCAGCGGCGCGGCGGGCGGCUGCAAGGACGCGUGGGCCUCGGAGGGGCUCCUCGUGGUGCUACGCGCCCGGCCGGGGCCGGAGGCGUUACUGCAGGUCUGGGCGCCCGAAUCGGCGCUGCGUGGGGAGCCCUUGUGGGCCCAGAACGUGGUGCCCGAGGCCGAAGGGGAAGACGAUCCGGCCGGUGAGGCCCAGGCUGGGAGGCUACCCCUGCUGCCCUGCGCCUGUGCCUACGUGAGCCCGCGGGCGCCCUUCUACCGGCCUCUGGCUCCGGAGCUGCGGGCACGCCAGCUGGAGCUGGGCGCCGAGCACGCGUUGCUGCUGGAUGCUGCUGGCCAGGUGUUCUCCUGGGGCGGGGGCAGGCAUGGACAGCUGGGCCAUGGGACCCUGGAGGCAGAGCUGGAGCCACGGCUGUUGGAGGCGUUGCAGGGCCUAGUCAUGGCUGAGGUGGCCGCGGGGGGCUGGCAUUCUGUGUGUGUGAGUGAGACUGGUGAUAUUUAUAUCUGGGGCUGGAAUGAAUCAGGGCAGCUGGCCCUGCCCACCAGGAACCUGGCAGAGGAUGGAGAGACUGUCGCAAAGGACGCCACAGAACUGAAUGAAGAUGGUCCUCAGGUGAAGAGAACGGGCGGGGCUGAGGAUGGAGCCCCUGCCCCCUUCAUAGCUGUCCAGCCCUUCCCAGCAUUACUGGAUCUCCCCUUGGGCUCAGAUGCAGUCAAGGCCAGCUGUGGAUCCCGGCACACAGCUGUGGUGACACGUGAGUGGGGCUGGGAGGCACUCCGCUCCACUCGAGCUGGUGCCUAUGGAAGGGGGUGUGGUCGACGGAAAAACUUCUGUCUUAAGGCUUCUGUGGCUCAUACAGAGCAGCUACCUUGCUCCGUGGAUAAGCCCCAAGCCCCAUGUUGUUUCACAGUAGUUCCCCAGCCUGUCAGGCCCAGAAGAUUCUUCCUUCUGGUGGGAGGCUGAUGCUGUCUGUCCUCACCUGCACGGCCACAGGCACAUUCCCUGCCCGCCGCUGCCUCUGACAGCAGGGACUGUCCAGUCUGGCAUGGAAGACCGUGGCGCUCGGUAGCGUGGCACACAGGAAGAUCCACCACUUUUUCCCUCGGGACCCUCUGCCAUGCCACAUGUGAUCAGCCAGUUGUCAAGAGAAUAUGUUGUUCCACGCCAGGCAGAUCUUGUGAGGAUUGUAAUAUGCAGCUGUGGGCUGUGCCAAGCCGGGCUGGACAGAUGUCUUGCCAAAGAACUGUAGUGACAACUAUCGAUUGUCCUUUUGCUUUCAGGAACAGGGGAGCUGUACACCUGGGGCUGGGGUAAGUAAAAGGAUUGUUUUUGUGACCCUGAAACCAAGGAGAAGACAGACCUGGGAGUAUAGGGCAGGUGACAAAGCCACCAAGACUAGAGGAAGCAGGGGCCUCGGCCAGGUCACUGGGAGGAGCAGGAGUGCUCCCUCCCUGGAGUUGGAACAGACCUAGGCACACUCAGUCUGAGACCAGACAGGGGAGACAUGGAGAGGAUAUCGGUACCACCCACCUACCUCUCUGAAAGACUGUCUUAAGGGAGUAUCCAACCAGCACUUACAAAGCAGCUUUUUGUCGAUGUGACAUUGGGUGGAGAAAAAGAUUCGAUGGAAGUGUGUGCCCUGAACAUCUUAGCUUGGGUAGCAGGGAAGUCUGGAGGAGCAUCUUGCCUGGAGUGGCUGGUCGCCACUAGCCUCUUGGGGAUCCCCAAGGUUGCCUGGCUCUGGGUCUCUUGGAUUCACAGAGCAGUGGGGCAUAAUCCCAGCACUUCAUUUGAUAGUCUGGGCCCCUUCCUGGAGGGAAAGAAGCAGCAAGACCCAGUGGAGACGAUGACAAAGGGGCUGAUUUCACUUUAGGUAAAUAUGGACAGCUGGGCCACGAGGACACCACCAGCUUGGAUCGGCCCCGCCGUGUGGAAUACUUUGUAGAUAAGAAACUCCAAGUAAAGGCUGUCACCUGUGGGCCCUGGAACACCUACGUGUAUGCUGUGGAGAAAGGGAAGAGCUGAUGUGUGUAUGUAUAUGUAUAUACAACACCUGUGAAACCCCCAUUCAGGUCAAGGAAAACCAUUGCCUGCACCUCAAGGGCCCCAUAUUUGCCCCUCCCCAUCACAGUCCUGCCCUUCACCCUCAAGCACGGUCCUAAACUUGUCUGCACUUUAGAAACACCUGGAGAGCACUGAAAACUCUGCUGCCUAAGGUCAGCAUCAAUGAAAACAAUGAAGUCAAUGAAACAAUGAAAUCAGAGCCUCUAGGUGUGUGGCCUGGAUAGUGGUAGAUUCAAAGCUCCGCCUACCUCAUCCCAGGUACAUUUGAUGUGCAGCUGAGAUUGGGGCACAUUCCAGGUCAUCUUCCUUUGUCAGUCACUUCCCUGCUUUUGUUAGAAUUUUACCAUUCUUGUAUGCAGCCUUACACGACAUAGUUGUGUUUGCUUUUGAGUGUUAGGUAAAUGGAAUCCUGUGUAUGUGCUUUCGUGUCGUUUUUGUCACUCAGCAUUGUGUGAUCCAUUCUUGUUGGGUCCUGGAGUUCAUUCAUUUUUAAUGCUAUAUGGUGUUCUGUUGUAUGAAUAAUACCUCAAGUGAUACAGCCUUGUUGAUGGUCAUUUUUAUUGUUUCUGAUUUUGGUCAUUCCACAUAAUACUUGGAGCAGUCUUUUGCACAUGUGCACAAGUUCCUUUGCAGAACAUUGAGUUGAAUUGCUAAGUCAAGAGAUACCUUUAAUUUUACUAGAUAACUGUUGCCCCCAGCAGGGUGGGGUCUACUGUGGCUAAAACGUCAGGUAGAGAUGCACACUGGUUUUAAUUUGCAUUUCCCUGGAUACUGAUGAGGUUGAGUAGCUUUUCAUUUGUUUUGGAUGGCUGGGCAUGGUGGCUCACACCUGUAGUCCCGGCACUUUGGGAGGCUAAGCAGGGAGAUUGCUUGAGGCGAAGAGUUCAUAUGUUUAUCGGCCACUUGGAGUUUUUCUGUUGCGAAGUGCCUGUUCAAGUUUUCUGGCCUUUUAAAAUGUUCUGUAUUUUCCUUAGUGAUUUUUCUUUUGGAUAUUUCAGAUACAAGUCUUUUGAGAGUUAGUAUUCAGAGUAUCUUCUGCUACAAUGUAGUUUGUUUCAGUCUCUCUUGGUAUUACCAAUUUUAAUACUUAGGUGAUGCUUACUCCAUGCCAGGUUAAGGCUCAAAGUGCUUUACAAGUAUCAACUUAUUUUGAUAAAAUAAGCUUAUCAGUAGUUUUCUUUAUGGUUAAAUUGUAUUUGUGCAUGUGUGUGCCUGGUUUAGCAAAUGUUUCCCACCCAUGGGGUCUUUUUCUUUUUUAUUGUGGUAAAAUAUACUGAACAUAAAAUUUAUGUUCAAUAAAAAACAGAAAAAUUGUUUUUAA